GUCCGCUGAGGCUGCUGGACCUCUGCUGCUUUCCUCUCUGCCACCUUUAAACCCAGCGGGGCGCAGCGGCAGGAUGCAGGAUCUGAUCCGGGCUCUGGUGGCCUGCAGCUGGGUGGCCGCGCUCUGCGUCCGCGGCGCCAUGGACGAGUGCGCGGACGAGCAGGGCCGGCCGCAGCGCUGCAUGCCCGAGUUCGUGAACGCGGCCUUCAACGUGACGGUGGAGGCCACCAACACCUGCGGCUCCCCGCCGGAGGAGUACUGCGUCCAGACCGGGGCCACCGGGGUCACCAAGUCCUGCCACAUCUGCGACGCGCGGGACCCGCGGAACCACCACAACGCCGCGUACCUGACCGACUACAACAACCAGCAGGACGCCACCUGGUGGCAGAGCCAGACCAUGCUGGCGGGGAUCCAGUACCCCAACUCCAUCAACCUCACCCUGCACCUCGGUAAGGCCUUCGACAUCACCUACGUCCGCCUCAAGUUCCACACCAGCCGGCCGGAGAGCUUCGUCAUCUACAAGCGCAGCAGCGAGGGCGCCCCCUGGGUUCCCUACCAGUACUACAGCGGCUCCUGCGAGAAGACCUACAGGAAGCAGAACCGCGGCUUCAUCCGCACCGGCGGCGACGAGCAGGAGGCGCUCUGCACCGACGACUUCAGCGACAUGUCGCCGCUCACCGGGGGGAACGUGGCCUUCUCCACGCUGGAGGGCCGACCCAGCGCCUACAACUUCGACCACAGCCCCGUCCUCCAGGACUGGGUGACGGCCACAGACAUCAGAGUGACCCUGAACAGGCUCAACACGUUGGGAGACGAAGUCCUCAACGAUCCCAAGGUCCUCAAGUCCUACUACUACGCCAUCUCUGACUUGGCUGUGGGAGGAAGGUGCAAGUGCAACGGCCACGCCAGCGAGUGCGUGAGGAACAGCGGGGGACGGCUGGUCUGCGACUGCAAACACAACACCGACGGCUUCGACUGCGACGUCUGCAAACCGUUCUACAACGACCGGCCGUGGAGGAGGGCGACCGCCGACAACGCCAACGAGUGUCUGCCCUGCGACUGUAACGGGAAGAGCUCUGAGUGCUACUUCGACGCGGAGCUGUACCGGGCCACGGGUCACGGAGGUCACUGCAGGAACUGCGCCGACAACACGGACGGGCCCAACUGUGAGCGCUGCCUGGACAACUACUACAGGGAGCAGAGCGCCGGCCGCUGCCUGCCCUGCUUCUGCAGCUCCAUCGGUUCUUUGUCUCCUCAGUGCGACAACAGGGGCGUCUGUCCGUGUAAACUUGGAGUGACCGGAGAGAAGUGUGAAGACUUCCUGAGUCCCCUCUGAGCUCCUUGACUCAUUUUAACAGAUGAAACAAUCAUUUUUAUGGGAGCUGUGAUGUUUUAGAGCGUAAGAACUGCUCAUUCUCCGGUUUCUAACUGUAGACAAUAAAUUUUGAUCAACGGUGGAUCGCUGUGUGUAAUUUCCUUUCUGAGCUGAAAAUCACUGUGGAUAAUUUCAACAUAUUUCCAUCAGUUUCAAAUCUGUUAAUCUGUCUGUGAAUUUCUUUGAAGAUGCAUAGCGCAAGGUUUGGAGUUAAGUAUUGUUUAUUUUAUUUCCAUUCACUGUAUAACACGGGCAUCAUUUCAACUUGUCGCCACAGGGGGCAGAUGUCUGCAAAAAUCCUGGAAUUUACGCUACGCACUAAACCUUAAAAAAUUAUAAAAAUCUUAUGGUCAGAGGUCAGAAAAUUAUUGCAAUAACUGCCAACUAAAUGAUUAUUUUGGAUGAAUUUGCAAAAAGAUUUGAUAAUUAAUUAGUAAUCAUGGUAACAUAAUGAUUGAUUGAUUAACGAGACAAAGGAAAACCACUUAAAUUAAAUGAUGUGUUGAA